AUGGAACUGGCCCCCAACGCCACGCGCGACUUGCUGCGGGUCCGUUACAAUUGGAUUUGCGCCAUGGGCGACAGCACGGGAGCCGCCACCUCCACGGGGGUCUAUCCCGUUAACGUCGACGUCGCCAAGCGCGCACACAUCCAGAGCCUGGAGCAGUAUGAAGCCAUGCACAAGCGCUCGCUCGAAGACCCCGACGGCUUCUGGGGUGAACUGGCCCGCGAGAACCUGCUCUGGUUCCGAGACUUCGACGAGACGGUGGUCGGCUCCGUGAGCAAGGGCGACGUGGCCUGGUUCCUCAACGGCCUGCUCAACGUGAGCGUCAACUGCAUCGACCGCCACGUCAAGACGCACCCUGACAAGACCGCCAUCAUCUGGGAGGCGGACGAGGUCGGCCAGGGCCGCGAGAUCUCGUACACGGAGCUGCUGGAGGAGACGUGCCGCAUCGCCAACGCCAUGAAGCUCGCGGGCGUUCAGAAGGGCGACACGGUGGCCAUGUACAUGCCUAUGAUCCCCGAGACGGUCUUCGUCAUGCUGGCCUGCACGCGCAUCGGGGCCGUGCACAACAUGAUCUUCGCGGGUUUGUCGGCCGAGGCGCUACGCAGCCGCGUGGUGGACGCGCGGGCGCAGUGGGUCUUCACUGCAGACGAAGGCCGACGCGGAGGACGCACUCUACCGCUCAAGAGGACGUUGGACACGGCCAUUCAAGGCCUCGACUUCGUCCGCAACGUCUUCGUGUUCAAGCGCACGCACAACGCAGCAGUCGAGAUGCAUCCAGGGAUCGACGUGGACAUGGAGAAGGAGUUAAGUCGCCACCGUCCUUAUUGUCCCGCAGAGUCCAUGAACUCCGAGGACCUCUUGUUCAUCCUGUACACUUCCGGGUCCACGGGUACCCCCAAAGGUAUCGCCCAUACUACGGGUGGUUACUUGCUCUACGCCAUGAUGACGGCCAAGUACGCGUUCGACAUCCACGACGACGACGUGUUUGCCUGUGUGGCCGACUGCGGCUGGAUCACGGGCCACUCCUACGUCGUGUAUGGCCCGCUGGCCAACGGUAUCACCACUGUGCUGUUCGAGAGCACGCCAACGUACCCGGACCACGGCCGCUACUGGGACUUGGUGCAGCGCCACAAGGUCACGCAGUUCUACACUGCGCCCACAGCUAUUCGAGCUUUGAUGGCCCGAGGCGUUGAUAAGGUCCGAGAGUACGACCUCUCUAGCUUGAGGGUGUUGGGCAGCGUGGGCGAGCCGAUCAACCCGGAGGCGUGGAAAUGGUACUACGAAGUGGUGGGCAACCGCCAGUGCUACAUCGUGGAUACGUACUGGCAGACGGAGACUGGCGGCCACAUUGGCGUUGGCCUGCCGGGGGCGAUCCCCAUGAAGCCGAGCUCAUGCAGCAAGCCCUUCUUCGGCAUUGACUUCGUUCUGACGGACGAGAAUGGCGUUGAGAUCGAGGGGAAUGACGUCGAAGGCCAAUUGUGCAUCCGCUCGCCGUGGCCCGGAUUGGCCCGCACGGUGUACGGCGACCACAACCGGUACUUGCAGGUAUACACGUCCUCGCACAAGGGCCUGUACUUCACGGGUGAUGGCUGUCGCCGAGACAAGGACGGCUACUACUUCAUCACGGGCCGCAUCGACGACGUCUUGUGUCCUUCGGGCCACCGAAUCAGCACCACGGAGCUUGAGAGCACGCUCAUCGGACACACCGCAGUGGCCGAAGCGGCCGUGGUCGGCAUCCCGCACCGCAUCAAAGGUGAAGGUAUUUGCUGCUAUGUCACGCUCAUGGAUGGCGUCAAUCGCUCGCCAGAGCUCGAGAAGGAGCUGACCAUGGAGAUCCGCGCCAAGAUCGGGGCCUUCGCUACUCCCGACAUCUUUGUCAUGGCCCCGCACCUGCCCAAGACUCGCAGCGGGAAAAUCAUGCGCCGCAUUCUCCGCAAAAUCGCCCAAGGCGAAGAAGACUCGCUCAACGACUUGUCGACUCUCGCCGAGCCCACAGUGGUGCCGGAGCUUAUCAGUGCCAUGCGCGCAGCACUGGUGGGCAAGACGUUCUAA